CCUAACCCGUGUAGGGUUUUUUCCUCAGCUGAGUUCUCUCGCCUCCGGGCAUGGCGGCCGAUCUCAACGCCGUCUAUACGCUCCUCCAGAAGGCGCUGAGCCCGGAAGACUCCAUGCGCAAGUCGGCCGAGGCAAAUCUCACGGCGCUUGAGAGUCUGCCGGGUUUUUGCUCGUGCCUGCUGGAGAUCAUAGCGACGCGAGACUUGGACGAUCAGAGCGACGCGCGAUGGCUGGCUUCGGUUUAUUUCAAGAACAGCAUCAAUCGUUACUGGAGACAUAGACGCGAUGCGCCUGGGAUUCCCUACGCAGAGAAACCAUAUCUACGUACGAAGCUACUUGGCUUGAUAAGGGAGGAGAAUCAAAAGGUUGCUGUUCAACUCGCUGUGUUGAUCGCAAAGAUUGCUCGGAUCGACUAUCCUCGCGAAUGGCAAGACUUGUUUCCAAAUCUGCUACAGAACCUCCAGUCCUCGGACGUGCUUACUACUCUGAGAGUGUAUAUGGUUCUUUACCAGAUAUUGAAGGAGCUUUCUACAAUGCGUCUCGCAGCACACCAACAGAACUUUCACACGAUCACGUCUCAACUAUUCGACUUCACUUGGCAACACUGGUGUGCUGAUACUCAGGCUAUCGUUAAUGAGUUUUCGGCCUUUCUUUCGAGUUCAGAUAGAUUUGUGUCGUCCACACAAACGUUGCCAAUGAUCCUCGAGAGAUGGUUACUAUGCGUAAAAGUUCUCGGUCGUAUGCUAGUAUUUGGUUUUCCUAGCGAUUUGAACUCUGUACAGGAAGUCCCACCCGUUAAGCAGGUUUGUCCAGCUAUCUUACAAACGAUUAAGUCGUUCCUGCAGUACAGAGCGGCAUUUCCUGGCACACAUCAAUUGCAUUCUUUUAUGGAGAAGGCACUAUUAAAACUUAUGAAAGUUCUGGUUACGGUUCAAAAUCAUCAUCCAUUCUCGUUCAGCAGCGAGCUUGUGCUUCCUCCAGUCCUCAACUUCGCCUGCGACCAGAUAACGGAGCAGAAGUGGGACACUGAUUUGUUCGAGCCUUUCUUAAUGCGAUGCAUGCAUUGCGUUCAACAAGUAUUGCAAUGUAAAGCGUAUAGGCCAAGUAAAACAGGGCGAGUUCUUGGUGAGAUCUCUUUAACAAGAGACGAGACCAAAGCCAAGCUAGCUAGACAGGCUGAACAACUACUGAGCUCGUUACUGGACAAGAAACGCGUGUUGCUGCUAUGUGAGACGCUCUUGAGAAGGUACCUUGUCUAUACGUCCAAAGAUUUGGAAGACUGGGCACAGGAUCCAGAAGCAUUUCAUCACGAGCAAUCUCUAGUGCAAUAUCAUGACAAACUUCGACCCUGUGCGGAGGCGCUCUACAUUGGAUUAUUUGAAAAUCAUCGUGAGGUUCUUACACUUUAUGUUGUUGAAGUGCUUCAACAAGUAUCACAAGAUUGCCCGCCACCAGAACCAGAUGCAAUUGUGCAGUUAAGCCCGGCUUUGCUUACUAAAGAAGCUGUUUAUGCUGGGAUUGGUCUUGCAUAUUAUGACCUCCAUGACUACAUUGACUUCAAGCUUUGGUACGAAGGGGCUUUGGUCAAGGAGUUGAGGAAUCUUCAUCCCAACAACCGAUUACUUCGCAGAAGAAUAGCUUGGCUUGUCGGGCAAUGGGUCAGUAAGAUCGAUAAGGAUUUGAGGAGGCCGAUUUACGUUUCGCUUUUAAGAUUGCUUGGCGAUGGUGAUCUUGCUGUCCAGCUAGCUGCUUGCCAUUCCUUGCAAACUCUGAUUGAUGAUGUCCACUUCUAUGAAGAAGAGUUUGUGGAGUUCGUUUCUCCAUGCUUGGAGCUUCUUUUCGUGUUUAUGAAAAAUGCUCAGGAGCUGGACUCGAAGCUGCAAGUAUUCAGCUUGGUCACGCUUAUCAUUGAACGCCUUGGGGAGAAAGUCGUGCCUUGCACGGAGAAGAUCAUGAUAUUUCUACCUCAAGUUUGGCAGAGCUCUGAGGGACAAAGUCUCUUGAAGAUUCAAGUGGUUUUGGCCUUGCAACGGCUUGUUGCAGCCCUUGGUUCACAGUCACCGUGCUGCUAUACUCUACUCGUUCCCAUCCUACAGCAUGUGACUGACGUUAAUCAGCCUGAUGAGCUCAACAUACUAGAAGAUGGCUUGCAGCUGUGGAGCACAACUCUUAGACAUGCUCCAGUUAUGAUCUCUGAGCUCCUUGUUUUCUUCCCUCACCUGGUGUCCGCCUUGGAAAGAAGCAUCGACCAUUUAGAGGUCUCUAUGGGGAUCGUUGAAAGCUACGUUCUUCUCGGUGGCGCAGAAUUUCUAAGUCGUCAUGGUGCUGGUGUAGCCAGCAUCUUCAAGAUGGUGAUUGGUCAUGUAAAAGAAAAAGGAACAAUUCGCGCGUUAUCGGUUCUAGAUACGCUGAUUCAGUGUUUUCCUGUGGAUGCACCGCCGCUGUUGGAAGAGACCUUGCAGUCGCUCUUCGUGAUUGUAAUUAAUGGCCGGGAUGAAAGUGACGCUGUGAGGGCAAUGGCGGGAGCUAUUCUGGCACGAGUUCUCGUUCAAAACAGUAACUUCUUUGCCCAUUUGAGUGAGCAGCCAUCUCUGUCGCUCAAGUUGCAACAAUCAGGAGUGUCUCUCAGCGCAAGUCCGGUGGUGCUAUUUUUCGAUUCCUGGCUAGAGAAGGUCGAUUCCUUGACAACCGCGUCAAAACGAAAGGUGUGCGGGCUUGCGCUUUGCAUUUGGUUGACGUCCCGGGAGCCGCUUAUACUCGACAGACUGGAGCAAAUAUUGGGAGUGUGCACAAGCAUUCUCGAAGAUGAGAAGAGCGGAGUUGCAACAGGCAGUGGUGAUUACAACUGGCAAAACACAGAAGACGGGAGCGAGUCUUUCAGGAAGCAACAGAUUAUCAACUCGGAUCCUGUGAACAAUCUCUCGCUCGCUCCCUUGCUCAAGGAGCAGCUGCGGACUUGUGCCAGCCUCCACGGCGAGGCGGCAUUCAACGUUGCUCUGUCGAGAUUACACCCCAGGCUGAUCACGCAACUACAGCAGCUAUGACGGCGAUCUCAAAUCUCUGGGUGCUCGGUUCUCAAGGACACGCUGUAAAAAAAUGCGAGCUAGGUGACAAGUAUUUUUUCUCGGGUUUCAAGUAAGUCCAUCGUCUAUGUACUUCGCUUACCUUUGUGUGCAGGAUUUUACUGAGCAAGGCGGGGGGUAAAAAUAAAUUUUGUGUCGCGUGUUUCGUGUGAUGGUCCAAAAUGGGAUCAUAAUAAUCGUGUAAAAAAAAUCAAAUUUGUUUUGUUUUAAAUAUCAACGCUGAUUAAAUUAAGUUUUAAUA